GUUCGGGCACAACAAAUGUAGGGUUUUCUUCAGAUCCCCUCUAGUGGCUCCAGUGUAAGUGCGUGUUUCGAUGCUGCGCGGAGCGUGCGGACGGAGGCCGUCAGUAUCUGCAUCUCGCGCACCAGCACCACACACAUACAGCAUCUCCAUCUCGACGCUCCACCUGCCUACAUCAACAACCCGAAUUCAAAAGUCGGUGAAGCCAAUUAAAAGCGCAGAAGUUAAAUUUGGGCUACUGAAAAGUGAAAUAAUCCUUUAAAGAUGGUUAAACUGGGUAGUAACCUACAAGACAAAGGAGCAAAAGCAGUGAGCGUUGAGGAUGGCUUUCAAAACGUCCCCCUCAUCACACCCUUGGAUGUUACUAAUCUUCAGUAUCAAGCCCCAGACAAGGUGGUGGUGAAGACACGGACUGAGUACCAGACGGAGCAGAAGAACAAGGCCAAGCCGAAGGUGGAGGAGUUCACCAUCAGCAUCACGGAUGGAGUUUCUGAGAGGCUAAAGGUCACGAUCCUUAUUGUGCUGGCCUUGGCCUUUUUGGCCUGCAUAGUGUUCCUGGUGGUGUACAAAGCUUUCACCUAUGACCACACCUGUCCUGAUGGAUUUGUGUAUAAGCACAAGCGCUGUAUUCCUGCCUCACUGGAGGCCUAUUACACCGCCCAGGAUGCCAACUCCCGCGGCCGCUUCUACACCGUCAUCAGCCACUACAGCAUGGCCAAGCAGACCACCUCCCGCUCCGUUUCUCCAUGGCUCCCCGCUGGCACCGGCCAGCAUGAUGUCAAGCCACCCAACACAGACAGCCAAUGAGAUUAUCCGUGCAGCUUUAUCAUCACCUACAUCACCUGAAUUAGCUAGCUAAACUGGUUUUUUAUUUAGCAUUAUUUAUUUUAAAAUUUUUGUGUGUAUGUGUUUAAUAUCCAACUAUUAAAGGGUUAGUUUACCCAGUUUUUUUGUGUGUGAACUAUUCUUUUAAAUUAAACAUUUUGUUUGUACAAAGGCAUGACUCUGCAAUCUUGUCAAGCGUUUUCCCCACAAUGUCUGUGAGUGUCAAUGACCCAUUCUGAAAGCAGAAUACCCAUAUGCCCUUAUGUAGUUACAGUAGGUGACAAUGCAAUCUCGAAAGGCAUGAUAAAAACAAAGGGAGUUUUUGUGCUGAAACACAGCACAAAAAAAUAAAUACCUAUGUGUUAGAGUCAAUUUUAUGUACAACCUAUUACAACAUGUUAAUGAAAUGCUGAUAUAGGAUAAGAGUAGUACAGCAAAAGAACAUAUUGCAUAUGUACAGAAAAUAUGGUUCCGACUUUGAACCUGAAUGUAAAUAACCCAUGAGAGCAAUCAGCCAUGGUGUGUAUCUCCGUCAGCACAUUGUAAUAUUAUCACUGUUUCUCAAUGGAAGAGCAGACGUGUCUAGAGCUUUGUAACUUGCUUUCGCUGGUGUCUAUGCUUGCAUUUAACCAGGGACAAAACCUUGGUCUCUGAGAUGAUUUGGUGAAGUGUCUGCCAAAGCUUGAUUUUUUCUGCUAUGUUCGGUCACAAGUCUGCUCUUUUUCCAUUUUUAUAUUUGUUGUCAGAAAAACAGAAAAUUGAUUUUUGAAAUGUUGUGCUGUUGUUAGUUGAGAUGUAGCAAAGUCUGGAGUAAUUUUGAUUGUGUAUCCUUUAGGUUCAAGACAAUAAAGAUAUACAAGAUGUUCAA